UCAUCUUUCAGUCAGUCUAGCCGUUAGCCAGACGUCCGUACGUGCUGCUCUCUGUUCUUUUUACUAAGCGUGAACCAAGUGAACAACGAUCUGUCUGGCCUCCUUCCCUUCUUCCUCCUCUUCUCCGUUCCCUGCUUCGUCUUCCUGAGUGUCUUGAGUGUCUUGGCUGGCCUCCUCGCCUCGUCUUCACGGAUUGAUCUGAGUAAUGGGGCUCAUUCAUUGCCUCCAAGCUCGUCAGGUGGACAUCCCAUACAUCCUUGUCCAAUUCAGGCAUCGCGUUGUUCCGGUGCUCCCUCCUCCCCUCCUCCUCUUUCUCUCUAUGUUUAUAUGAAGAUCAAACCUACCAUAUCGACCAAAGAGCCUGCCCGUCGCCAUCGCCAUCGCCAUUCAUGAAUACCAUGGAAAAAGCGCCCGCUCACCGUCUCCGGGUCGAGCCUCACGGUCGGUUAUAACUGCCCGUGUGUCUCCAGGUUAGCCAUUAGUCAUUGGUUCCCCGCGUUUGGUUCAGUCUGUGAUCUGUAGCCGUUCAUGAUGAACGUGGGUCACCCGUACUCUAAUCACGGCGGGCAUUACGCCGCCGGCUCCUCGUCUAAUCUGGACUUUGUCGACUCGAUCCUGCCCUUGGAUUACAAUGUGACAAGCCAGUACAGCUCUACAUUCCACGGGCACGGUCUCAAUCUGUCCACCAAUCACGGACUAGACCUGACUUGUCCCAAUUAUGAAGGACUCAAUCUGAGCGUGAGUCACACGGGUAAUCACGGCUCGAGUGCCAUCAAUUUGGCCCAUCGAACCGGAUCUGCCCCCCACCCGCCCACUCAGCCACCCGGUCCCAAUGUGGGACUGAAUUUGACCGUUCAAAACGGGAUCAACUUGAGUCGGGACACGAAUCCCGACGGCAAAAGCCAGCCCACGCCAGCCACGGCUCAGAACCAGCCGUACUUCUACAAUUCCAACCCGUGCAAUGGGUACAUCAAUCUCACCCCGCAGAACCAACGGGUAUAUCAGAACCAUCCUAGGUCUCAUAGGGGUAAAAAGCCCUCGCAGAUGUUUUCGCAAGCCUUUGAAGCCCCGUCGCAAGCCCAGAAUUCGCCGCUGAAUCUGGAGCAACAUCGUGCAUCCCCGUUGAAUUUGACCAAUGUUCACACGGCUACGGUCACGGCCGCCGCCGGCUCGAAUGCCACGGGACCGCAGAAUAGUUACGUUCAAUCCAAAACGUAUUACGAAUCCAUGAUGGGCGGUGGAUAUAAUGAGAGCAAUAUGUACACCAUGUGUCCCAAUCCCAACGGUUACGGCAACAACUUGGAGAGCCAACCCGCUUAUGCGACCAAUCAGCCCACCAACUACAACAUGUACAAUAACAACAUGUAUCAGCCCCAACCCUCAGGAUUCUCGGCCAAUACCGAUGAUAAUCAAGGCACGCCCCUCAUGACUUCGCAAGCCAGCGCGUCAACGGGCAAGAAUGCCAUGAACAUGACUUGUUCAACCAACCUGGGAUUCGGGAGUUUAUCCACCAACAAGGUUCGCUUGUUUUGCUCGUCGUGCAAUCACGAGUUCCAAAACACCUCCGCGUUAAACAAGCACAUGGAGAUCCACAACAACGUGAACUUGCCGACCAACGGCAUGACUCAAACGUGCAGUGAGUGCAACAUUCAGGUCAAGGAUCAAGAGGCCUUGUAUCAUCAUACCCAACGAGUCCAUCCGUCGAAUCCAGUGACUGUGACUUGCGCUCAAGCUAAACCCUCAACGUCGAAUAAUGAGGGUGUCAUGACCAUGAUGAGUAGUGGAACCAACCCCGUGGGUCCUUGUCUGCACACAGACCCUGGUGGCACACUGAUGGAUCAUACCACUUUAGACCCGAGCAUUGAUCCCAAUCUUCAUGUCCAACAGAUGCAAGUCUCAGGAGAUGAAGUCGGUGUGCUUGACGGAGAUUUGACUGGCAUUGUCUUGGAGACUGCUCCUAUCAAUAGCACGGGCAAAUUGGACCCGCAUGCUCCGACUGAGAGCUGCCUGGAUUGCUCGUUAACGUUUUCCUCGGGUUUGGACCUGAGGAAGCACAUUGAUUUGGCCCAUCAAGGCCGGCAGUGUCAGUUCCAGUUCCAAUGCCAUAUCUGUGACCACUACUUUCCGGACAAGAGCGCCCUGAAGACCCAUGUUGACGAUCAUAACAAAGAGAAGCCGUACAAGUGUGAUAAAUGUGGCGCCAAUUUGAGCACCCAAGCCGGGUUGAAUCGGCACAUGAAACGCCACGAAACAAAUUUCCCGCUCCACUGUCACGAUUGCGGGAAAGGCUUUCACGAGAGACACGACCUUCAACGGCACGUCCAACGACACAUCAAGUUGGGACUAGGGCCCAAAUGUCAGAAUUGUGAUAAAUCCUUCCCGAGCGAAAAAGUUCGGGACAAGCACAAAUGUAAGGCUCCGCUCAAGAGUGCUCGCUAUCCGUGCGAGUUCUGUGAUUCUCGAUUGGAGACCAAGAUGGCGUGGGGCUAUCAUAUGUGGAAACAUACCAAAGACUCCAAGUACAUCGUCAUGUCCGAGGAUGAGGAGCUGCCUUCCAUCAAGGAUCGAGCAGCACCGGCUUUGUCGUCGACCUCGUUUUCCUUCGAUCGCCAACAGAGCAGCCUCUUUUCGGCCUCGAGCAAACUGUCAUCGCUCGUGGCGACAAAGUCAUAAUAACUUACUACAUAGCAUACGUAACAUAACAAAGAGGAAGACUGGUGAAGAGUUGUGAAUUUGUCUUCGUUUCUAAAGGGUUUAUACGUACGUAGAUCAGAAUGAAUUGCAUAAAGUAAUGAAUCACAUCAUACAAUGAUAAUACAUACAGUAGAAAUGUC